UUCCAAUGCCACUCCCUGUUCCUAUUGGCCCGAAGCAGCCGUCAAUCAUUUUGAGCUGGAGCAUGCGCAGUACAAGGAGAAAGACGGUAAGAGAGCUCGAGCGAGCGGAUUUAAAAUGCGAAUUUUGGAAAAGCCGAGUGCGAAUGCAGAGCCGAAAAUGAACACGUGAACAUGGAUAGGGCUGUCGGGUUGGCGCGGAAGCUUCCUCAACUUAUGGUGUCGGCCCCAAACCUUUAAUAAGAGGCAUUGCUCCCGCGUUUCACGAAGCGAGACGACAGCUUAGGCCUUUUUCCGGAAGUAAAUCCUUGAAACUUAGAAGGGGAGAAUUUGCAGACGGGAAACUCAAACCAAACAUCACAUCAAGUUCUGACAAAGUCACUCGAUUCAUCAGGACCUGAAUAUCAUCGGCCUUUGAAUCUGUAAGAAACGUUUGUCCCUUUUGCCUGUAGGAAAAGAUUUCAAACAUCAGUGUGAUUGGAGAAUCACCAAGACACACACACACACCCAAGUGAGAAUGUUCCAGUGAACUGACUGUGGAAAGAGCUUUAACCAGUUACACAGCCUGAAUAAACAUCACACCAUUCACAGUGGGGAGAGACUGAACACAUGUUCUGUGUGUGUGGAUGAGGCUUCAACUGAUCAUCCAACCUGGAGAGACACAGGGAUACCCGCACCAUGGAGAAGCCGUGGAAAUGUGAGGACUGUGGGAAGGGAUUCAAUUGUCCUUCCCAUUUGGAAACCCAUCGACGCAGUCACACUGGGGAGAGGCCGUUCACCUGCCCCGAGUGUGGGAAGGGAUUCACUCAGUCAUCCCAACUUCUAACACACCAGCGGUUACAUACUGGAGAGAGACCGUUCACCUGCUCCAAGUGUGGGAAGCGAUUCACACAGUUAUCCAGCCUACUGAGACACCAGCCAGUUCACACUGGAGAGAGGCCAUUCACUUGUCCUGAAUGUGGGAAAGGAUUCACUGGGUCCUCUGACCUGCUGAAGCACCAGCGAAUUCACACUGAGGAGAGGCCAUUCAGCUGUAUUUCCUGUGGAAAGAGAUUCAGGUCUUCAUCCAACCUGUUGAGACACCAGCGACUUCACACUGGAGAGAGGCCGUUCACCUGCUCCGAAUGUGGGAAGAACUUCACUCAGUCAUCCAACCUUCUGACACAUCAGAGGGUUCACUCUGGAGAGAGACAGUUCACCUGCACAGUGUGUGGGAAGGAAUUCACUGGGUCCUCUGACCUGCAGAAACACCAGCAAAUUCACACUGAAGAGAGGCCAUUCAGCUGUACUUCCUGUGGAAAGAGAUUCAGGGCUUCAUCGAACCUCAAUGUACAUCAACGAAUUCAUACUGGGGAGAGGCCGUUCACCUGCUCCGAUUGUGGGAAGGGAUUCAUUCAGUUACCCAAUCUGUUGAGACAUGAACGAGUUCACACUGGAGAGAGACCAUUUAUCUGCUCCAAGUGUGGGAAGGGAUUCACCCAGUUAUCCCACCUGCUGACACAUCAGCGAGUUCACACGGGAGAGAGACCAUUCACGUGCUCCAAGUGUGGGAAGGGAUUCACUCAGUUAUCCAACCUCCAGUCACACCAGCGAGUUCACAAGUGACCUCAGAGUUUGGAUUCUGCUGUUAAUCACAGUCAGCACUGAACCAUAUUCAUUCGGGCAGUUGGGGUUUGUUUCUGCUGAUGUUAAUAAUCCCUCUAACUGGGCUGGAGUUUAAUAUUCUGGAUCAACAGCUGAUUGUGUUCUCGGGGCUGCAGUGCCCCUUUAAGAACAGCCAUCUCUGAUCUUUCCCCAUAAUUCAGGAACUUAAAUCAGAAAUUAGUUUACAACAAGAUUCUGAACAUUUACUUCAAUCCUAAAUUGAUCUUUGUUCCGAACUCUACAAUUCAGUGCCUGAGAGGCUCUACUGAUUAACAUCUCCAAUUGGAUAGUGCUGAUUAAUCCUUGCUGACAAUUCUUAAUGAUUUGCACUUUACUCACAGUGACAUCUCCAUUAUCCACCAGAGAGAAGGGGAAUGGGAAUUGAUGGAGAAUCGAGAGUUCCCAAAUGUUACCCCUCCCACCUGGUACAGAAAUCCCCUUGGCACGGGAAUGGAGACAAGUUCAAUCCAAGUAACGGACUGUAAGAAAUCACUGUCUAAUAAAAAUCUUCAGAAAUGUAUGGAAUAUUAUAAGAAUAGCUCACUCUCUCUCUUAUGAAGAAAGCCUCCUUGGCAGCUUGCUGGCUGACAAACACAGGACAGGCCUGUUUUCUCUGCCAAGGACAUAUCUCUAGCACAAGCGCUGAAAGGAUUGGUUCUCAUGACCCAUAUGUAAACCUACUGUCUGUGUAAAGGUUAAGACAGGCUCUCGAGAUCACAGAGAUUUUCAGGUGAUCCAUACUGGCUUCAGCCCAACACCCACACUCUGGCUCACACCAGUUAACCGUUCAGAGGAGACUGUCACCACCAGCUACAGAGACCAACACUCAACUCUGCAUCAUCCAUCCAUUGUCCUCUGGGACCAGUAAACUGUUCUCACCUGUCACGGGUGGUAUGUUUUUCCUAUUUAGCUUAUGUUAUUUCUAAUAAACUACUUUAAAGUCA